AUGAGUCUCGCGCUAAAGUUCACGUCUCUUUUGGUGAAGACUCUGGCAAAACCCAUUGCCAACACUAUAAAAGCGAAUGCAAAAGAACAUCCAAGUUUCAGGAAGUUCUGCAUUUCAUUUGCUCAAAAAUUGCACCAAACAGACGUGAAAUUGCGACUAAAACUGCUGAAUGAAAAAAACAUCAAGGUUCGCCCCUUAAACGACGCUAAAGCUAUCCAAUCUGGUGCCACCUUCAUUUCCGAGGCGUUUGUGUUCUCGGUGGCCGGUAGCCUUGUUUUUUUCGAAUCAUGGCGCUCUAGACGGAAAGAACAAGCUCGUCAGGCGUCUAUAGUCGACGACAUUCAGGUUCUGCAAGAUGAGAUCGAGUGGCUCAAGGCCCAAUUAUCGGCGAAAAAGAUCAUUGAUGCUGAUAACUAUGUGGUUCCGGAUAAUAUUGAGCCAACAGUUCUCAAACUAAAGCAUAAAGGGGAAAAGGAUCAGGCUGUUUCGCCACCUGAACCUCCUAAACUAGCGACGGCUACGACUGGAAUUGUGGACAAAAAAUAA